AUCAAAAGAAGAUUACAAACUCGCACAACGGCAUGAAAGCUGUAAUUGAGGUUAUAGCAUCACCAAUUCACAUGUAAAAUCAAUGUUUUUUAUACUACAACUAAAGGCGAGUGUGUCAAACAAAAUUAUUAACUGAGCCAAUGAAAACAGAAAACAGUAGAAAAUCAGCCUAAGAUAAGUUGGCAGAAAGAUUUAAAACCCUUUGUUGGAUAUAUGUCACAAAUUUUAAUUACUACAAGUAAUAUUUAAUUAUUUACAUAGUCUCCAAGGCUUGAAGACCCUUGGCCUCCAAGUAUGUAAUACUUGAUCUCCAAGGCUUGAAGACCCUUGGCCUCCAAGUUUGUAAUACUUGGGCUCCAAGGCCAAGGCUAUCUCUUGUAGUAUAAAUACUACUUAUACUCCCCUUGUAUCACCAACACACAAUAUCAAAUAAAUACACAACCCAUCACCAUACUCCAUAAUAUAACUUCGAGAGUCAUACCAUAUUCUUGUACCCUUCGGGUUGUACUCUCAUGAGAGUCAUACCAUAAUCUUGUACCCUUCGGGGUUGUAUUCGUGUUCGUCGUUUGUGGGUUGUUUAUGUGUACCUCUUUUUCUUUAUCUUGUCUAUCUUUUUUCUAUUUCUCAAUCUCUUUAUUUGCUUCCGCUUGCGCUUCUAACCCAAACACCCUUUCGCUAAUUCUCUUCUCACACCAUCAAAUUUACCAUUUUCCAAUUCCUCGUAUAGGAUAUAUGAUAUUUAUAUUUAUCUUUUUCAUUUUACAAAAGUUUGUUAGUGAGUUUGUUGCAAGUUAGUUAGGGUUAGUUGCUUGCUUGUAUAUAAAGCAAUGUUGGCUUCUCUUCCAAGCCAAGAAACUUAAUCAGUAAAUUCAAGUUUUCUUCAACUAUUUUCUCUCUAGCAUUCUGAAACUCUCUUAGAUUCUUCAUGGUAUCAGAGCUGGAUCUCAUUUUCGAGAUUUAGGUUUUCGAUUUAGUGAAUCAAUACUGCACGAAUUGCUUGGAUUGCUGCGAAACUUCUUGCAAUUGCGAAGUUUCUUGCACAAUUUUGCGAUUUCAAAUCUGCGAUUGUGAUUGUAUUUGAUUGAUUGUUGAUAUAAUGGCGACUGAUAGCUUUGAAACUCAUCAAGAUUCUUAUCAAAACAAUGGUGAAAAUGGAGGUAAUCUUGAUCCUUAUUUCAUAGCUAAUUCAGACAGUCCAACUUCUUCUUUAGUUUCUGCUGUUUUCAAUGGUUCGAAUUUCUUGCGAUGGAAAAGGAAUGUUAUGAGAGCAUUGAUAGCUAAAAACAAAGAAGGUUUUGUGAAUGGAGGAAUUAUCAAACCUGCUGUGAAUCACAGAGAUUAUUGUAAGUGGAAACGUGCUGAUUUCAUGGUAGUGAGUUGGAUUUUAAGCUCUAUGAACAAUGAGUUAGCAGAUGAUUUUGGAUACAUUGAUAAUGCUGGAGAAUUAUGGAAGGAAUUAAAUGAGAGGUUUGGACAGUCCAAUGGACCUUUGAUCUAUCAACUGAAGAAGGAAAUUGAUAGUUUAAAACAAGAUAAUAUGACUAUUGUUACCUAUUAUGGUAAGUUGAAGAAACUGUGGGAAGAAAUGCAGAGUUUGAGGGCAUUUCCUACUUGUAUUUGUGGUGCUUUGAACAGCUGUAGUUGCCAAAUCUUGAAGAAAAUAGCUGAGUUUGAAGAAGAAGAUAGAAUGAUGAAGUUUUUGUUAGGGUUAAAUGGAGGAUUUGAAGGAACUGUGACAAAUGUGCUAUCCAUGGAUCCUUUACCAAGUAUAAACAGAGUUUUUGCUAUCACUCAACAAAUAGAGAAGCAGAAAGAAGUCAGUGGUGCAGCUGUUGAGGCUAGUGCUAUGAGUAGCAGUGCUAUGGCUGCUCAAUCAUACAAAGGUGAUCAAUCUCAGAGGUUUGCUGGUGUAGAGAAAGACUGGAAAGAGAUAAAGAAAGAAAAAAAUGCACAAGAUAUGCACACAUUGCAAAGGUAAGGGGCAUACUGUGGAUCAAUGUUUCAAGCUCAUAGGCUAUCCUGAUUGGUACAACACAAUUAAGGCCUCAAAAGGGUCACAGUAUCAAGCAAAUGGAAGCAGACUUGUUGCUAAUGUAAACUCAGCUGCUGAUGUUGGAGAUAAUCCUCUUGAUGAUCAGUUGAAUGGUUCUGCUGGUUCUGUGAACAAUGAAAUGAUCAAUGCAAUUUGCCAAGAGGUUUUGAAAGCAAUGAAAGGCAAGCAAGUUCAGUAUGGUGAUACUUCUGGAGUUUCUGGUUCUUAUGCAAACUAUGCAGGACCCUUCUAGUUCAGCUAUGCUUGGUGCUGGAAACAAGACUCAAGGUCUUUACUACUUUGCUAAACACACAGAUCUUCAAGAUCUUAAGUGUAGUGGAAACACAGCUGCUACUGUAGUACAGGAUGGUAAUACUCAUGUAAAUACUGGUGUUUUGCCAAAUAAGACUGCUACUAGUAUGUUUCAGUCUAAAAUGGAUAACAGGAAUAAAUUAGAUCUUUUACAUGCCAGAUUAGGACAUCCUUCUCUGUCAAAAAUGAAGUAUGUUGAUGAAGCAUAUUGUAAAGGAUUUACUGAAUAUAAUUGUGAUGUUUGUUUUCA